UCAGCCUCCUCCCCACGGCUCAGGGACAGGGCAGCAUGAGCCAGGCAAGGCACACGGGCAAGAUCCAGAAACGCCUGGAAGCUGUCAAGAACCAGUGGGCGCGGCCGGCCAGGGCCGACUUCAGCGACAACGAGAGUGCCCGGCUGGCCACGGACGCCCUCCUGGACGGGGGCCCUGAGGCUUACCAGUGGGCGCUCAGCCAGGAGGGCGAGGUGGACUUCCUGUCCUCAGAGGAGGCCCGGUACAUCCAGGCCCGGGCUAAGGAGCCCCCCAGUGUCCCGGAUCCCCUGGGAGGGCCCGAGGCAGGCCCCAAGGGACUCGAUUCAGGCUCCUUGCCGUCGGGCACCUACUUCCCCACGGCCUCGGGGGGCAGCGAGCCGGCCCUGCUGCCCGCCUGGGGCUCAGCCUGGAAGCCCUACCUGAAGGAGAAGUCCAGCGCCACCGUGUACUUCCAGACGGACAAGCACAACAACAUCAGAGACCUCGUGCGCCGCUGCAUCACCCGCAGCAGCCAGGUCCUGGCCAUUUUGAUGGAUGUGUUCACGGAUGCAGAAAUCUUCUGUGACAUUCUAGAGGCGGCCAACAAGCGCGGGGUAGUCGUCUGUAUACUCCUGGACCAGGGAGGUGUGAAGCUCUUCCAGGAGAUGUGUGACAAAGUCCAGAUCUCUGACUGUCAUCUCAAGAACAUCUCCAUCCGGAGUGUGGAAGGGGAGGUGUACUGUGCCAAGUCGGGCAGGAAAUUCGCUGGUCAGAUCCAGGAGAAGUUCAUCAUCUCGGACUGGAGAUACGUCCUGUGGGGGUCGUACAGCUUCACCUGGCUCUGCGGACAUGUCCACAGGAACAUCCUCUCCAAGUUCACAGGCCAGGCGGUGGAGCUGUUUGAGGAGGAGUUCCGCCACCUCUACGCCUCCUCCAAGCCCGUGAUGGGCCUGUGCUCCCCCAGGCCGGCUGCAGCCCCCCAGCCUGGCAUGGGCUGCAGCCCCCCGCCCAGCCGCCUCAGCAGUAGCAGCUGCUCUGCCAGCGAUGGCACGUCCUCCCGUGUCUUCAGUUGCCCCUCCACAGGCAGCAACCCCCAGAACCAGAGUCUGUCUGCGUCCUCAGGGCCCAGCAGCCCGCUGGCCCCAAACCCACCCCUGCCCCCCAGGUUCCAGCCUUACUAUGGCCCCCGGGGCCCCCUGAUGGCCCAGGCCCACUUCUCCCCCGGGCCCCACGCUGGCCUGCCUGCCCUCUACAGCAAGCUCAACACCUACAGGCCCACGAGACUACAGCUCGAGCAGCUGGGCCUGGUGCCCAGAGCCACGCAUGUCUGGAGGCCCUUUCUACAAGUGUCCCCUCGUUUCUGA